AUGACUGGAUUACCACGCAUCCUAUUUUUCAACCCGGUCCGGCAUGCGCGUCAGGCUUAUGAGGCACUCGGGAGAGUAGCGGCUACGGAAGUCGUGACCAGCACCUCUCGCGAGGAAUUCUUCUCCGAUCUCCGACAAAAGUAUCAUGAUGUCAAGGUCAUCUACCGCACAUCAGCCAGCGGAGCAGUUGCCGGCAACUUCGACAAAGAGUUCAUCGACCACCUGCCUCCAUCACUCAAGUUCAUCUGCCACAAUGGCGCCGGCUACGACCAGAUCGACGUGCACGCUGCUGCGGCGCGCGGCAUUACCGUCACAUACGCUCCGGAUCCCGUCACCGCCGCCACUGCCGACCUCACCCUCUUCCUUCUCCUCGGCGCCCUGAGACAGCUCAACCCUUCCUUGAGCAAAGUGCGCAACGGGCAAUUCAAGAAAGGUGUCGACUUUGGCCAUGACCCGCAGGGCAAGGUCCUCGGCAUCCUCGGCAUGGGUCGCAUAGGGCGCGCGGUCAAGGCACGCGCAGAUCCGUUCGGCCUCAAGACCGUGUACCACAACCGGCAUCCUCUGUCGGAAGAAUUGGCGGCCGGCGCUUCUUACGUAUCGUUCGAUCAGCUGUUGUCCGAGAGCGACAUCAUUUCCGUACACGUUCCCCUGUCCGCGAAGACGAGGCACUUGAUCGGUGCCGAGGAGAUAGCGAAGAUGAAGCCCGGAGUGGUUCUCGUGAACACGGCGCGUGGAGCCAUCAUCGAUGAGGCUGCCAUGGCCGUCGCGUUGGAUGAGGGACGUAUUGCGGCAGUUGGCUUGGAUGUGUACGAGCGGGAACCCUUGAUUGAUGAGCGGCUCGUGAAGAAUGAGCGCGCUCUGUUGGUGCCUCAUUUAGGCACUCACACGACGGAGACGUUGGCUCAGAUGGAGGCGCAUGCUAUGGAGAACGCAAAGAGGGCGGUGUUGGGUCAGGAGCUUUUGACCAUCGUACCAGAGCAGCAGCCUAAACAGAACGGUGCAUAG